GCGAAAGCCGCUUCUCCACUUCCGAGUGGGGUCACGGGCCUGGCUGGCUGGAGCGAAGUCUCCGCGCGUGCGGGGACGUCCGCGGGUCAGGUCAGCCCCGGGCCUGGCGCCAUGUCCCGGAACCUGCGCACCGCGCUCAUUUUCGGCGGCUUCUUCUCCUUGGUCGGCGCCGCCUUCUACCCCAUCUACUUCCGGCCCCUAAUGAGGCUGGAGGAGUACCAGAAGGAACAAGCGAUCAAUCGGGCUGGGAUUGUCCAAGAAGAUGUGCAACCACCAGGGUUAAAAGUGUGGUCUGAUCCAUUUGGCAGGAAAUGAGAAGGCUGUCAUCAGCUCUGAUUACCAAAGUAGACAUCUUCGUGCUUUUGACUCUGCUUCGAACACAAUAAAUCACUUCACUAUGGGAGGGUGGCUGGAGAAGAAAACCCUGUGAUGCCAUCAGUAAGAGUAUUUGUAUAAAAGACUAUGUACCAGGAUUAAUAUUUCCCUUCUUAAAUAUCAAAAGAACCCUGGAACACACUACACCAUUAGGAAGACUUGCAUGAUUUGAUUGGCUUUCCAGAAAUGAAGCUAUUUUGCGGGGCUGUUUGUGGGAGAUGUUUAUUAUUCAGUCUUUAUCAUCUCCUGAGCUGUGAUAGGAAUACAAGCAACCUGCCACCUUCCAAAUAGCAGAUUUCAGUGAAGAACCACCAUGCUGAGCUGCCUCCUAGGGCUCUUUGAAAAUAUUCAAAUUGAUAAAGCUCUUUGCGGACAAGGUACUUUGUGCUGUUUAAGAAUAAACAGUUCAGCCAUACCAUCUCCUGUUGAAGAUUGCUCCAUGCUGGAAAAUAAAUAAAUAUAAAGCAAGUCAAACCACUCGAGUGCCUCUGCAUACAGUACAAAUCAGGGGUGAAUCAACAGAAGCUGAAAAUAUGUCUAUUAAAAUGAUUUAUUUUUA